ACCGUGUCGUCUUGCAUGAAGAGUUCCGGUCGCUCCAUCAAGAGGUUAUCCCGUAUCCAGAGCAGCAGUCGCCUCAAGGUCCCUGCGGCAGAACGCUAGUGAGACCGUUCGAAACAUGAACCAAGAUCGAACCACGUGUUCGCCGCGUAUACUCACAGUCUUCCCCGGGUUCUCGCAGCCACCCGGGAUGUCGGGGACCACGCACGCCGAGAACGACGUGGAGACAAAGACGAUGGAGGACCCACCGAACGACUCGUGCAAGAGCGAGGCGAAACUGAUGAACCAGACAGACGCGGCGUUGCUGGACGAUGAGGAGAUGCCGACGUACAUUAGCAUGUCCAGCACGUCGAGGCCCGAUGAUUCAGACGUCACCAGUGCCAAGCGGCCGGAGGACCUGUCCCAGGAAGUAGACGAAGACCGUAGCCGGAGUCCCAGCGAUGAUCAGGGAGCAAGCAGUGUGUACGUCCUGUCAUCCGGUGAAGAUACUGAUCAACAUCCGUACGAGGACGACGAGGAUGAAUACGGGGACAGCGAUGAUAUGGAAAACUUGGAGCUUGACAACGAGUUCGACCCGGAGCAUCCAAACAACAUGAAGCAUCUGAUGGACGAGGACGACGACGACGAGGACGACGAGGAUGAGGAGGAGGAGGAGGAGGAGGAGGCUCCUAGACAGAUGCACGACGUUGAUGAUGACGAUAUUGAUAAUGAUGACAAUAAGGUGGACUACGUGGACAUAAGGUCGGACGACUACAUCUUGAACAGAAGAUUGAAGAACCACGACAAAAGCAAGAGCCUUUCGCUUCAAGAUCUAAAUGAGUACACCGUUGUUAAUUACAAUGCCGCAGUGCAAUAUUCCAAACGCAGGCGCUCGCACAUCUUAAGGCGGAAUUACAUGAACAUUCCACAAAAUGCUGUGAUGUACUCCGUUUUAAAUAAGAAGCCACCGCCAAAGUAUCAUCACGUGCAGAGCAAAGUCAAGCUUUACAUCAAAAGUAUCAAAGAGCAAAAUCGACGCUCGAUGGAGAGGAACAUGAAACACCAGGAAAAUGGACUCCACGAUAACAUGGAUAACGUGGGUAGGAGUAAUUCCGAUCACAAGAACAGCGAGACCAAGGGGGCGAAACCUGCAAUGGCGAACAAGACGAUAAAGGAUUAUGCGGAGAGGACCAUCAAGGAGUUGGAAAUCGCGGAGGCGUGCGACAAGGACAGAGCAACUUACAACGUCGCGCCGAUAAUGCUGAACGGUCAAGACAGUAAGAAUGUUUUGGAAUCGAUACACGAGGAAGCUACCCAGCACGAGAUACGGAUAAGCGUGCCCUUCGCACCUGCGCAGAACAAGGACACGGCGAACGUUGCCGACAGUAUGAAAACCGACCGCGCUAUUGGACAAGGGCGCGCUCAAGCCGAGAUGUACGCUGCGGAGCCGAUGGACGUGUCCGACGCGGAUAAUAACGACACUUGCACCCUAAGGAUCGAAAAUAUCAAGAGCAUCGGCACGAUGGACGACGAAACGAAAAGCAACGAGCACGCGGUGUCCGAUAGGGCGACCGAGGAGUUUAACAAGACGAGCUGCGACGCGUUCGAAGUCGCCGCACUGAGGGAGCAACUGAGUAAGAAGACCGUACAGUACAACGAUUUGCUCGAUGCGUAUCAGAAACAACUCACGGAGAACUUCAGGAUGAAGGAGGAGCUGGACGAGCUGAGGAAAUCUCUGGCCAAGUACGAGCCGCGGGAGCAGAAAGUCGCGGCGAUUCAGACGGACGUCGUCGAGCCCGCGCCUGACGAACGCAACGAUCAGGAGGCCAAGCCCGACACGGACGCGAAGCAGUCCAACAAGAUAUUAGGUAACAGUGUCGCGUCGACGUUGAGCUCCAUAGGAGAAUGGAGCGACAGCGCCUGCAAUCUAUCGAUCUCGAUGAAGCCACCUGAAGCAGUGAAAACGCUGCACUCCGACGACAGUAUGCUGCUGACCGAUGGUACGCCAGGGAAGACGGCGCGUCCGCUGUCCCGCGCGUUUCUCACCUCCUCCCGAAUCUUGCAAACCCUCGCGAGCAUCACGCAAGGGAAAGCGAAGCCGGAGAGUCCGCUCGUGCAAAGUUCGAAGAAGCGAUUAAACGAGGAGAACGCGUCGACGGAAAUCGACGACGGCAGCUACUACCAGAGUCAGCCCUCCAGCUCGAAGAAGAGGAAGAUCGCGGACAUCCUUGGCCCAUCCAGUUUUCUACAGUCGCUCAAGGCUUCUCAAGUUACUGCCGGGUCACUGCAAUCGAGGCUGAACGAGUCGUCCAACGUGGAAUCCAAGUUCAAGUUUGAUUCCGUAAAUGAUUCUGUAAGUGGAAAGGUCGAGUCACAGGAAGAUGGCGUCAAGGCGGGCCACUCGGAAACGGCGGAAAAUAAAACGGAGAACGCCGAUGACGCGGAGGAUAACAUGAAGUGCUUUGUCUACCACGAGGACGAGAACAGUAAGAACCGUAGUUUCCUGAUACUGGCGGAAGAGACUGAGAAGGAUAAAACUGUUAGUGGAAAGGGACGCAUUCGUGAGUGUGGUCCGUACUUACUUGGCAACGUCGAAGUGAGAAUGUCGGAAAUAAAUGGGACUAUCAACAUUUGGGGUAAAGAGAUCAGCCAAGAGUCGACAGCUGAGACCGAGAACGAGAUGGACACGUCGAAAACGAAAACUGAUAAAAAACACCAUAGCUGGCAGAAGAGCACACCGCACACUAGAUUUAAUGGCAGUAAUUUAGUGUGUUCGACGGGCAAAAAGCUGAAAACCCCAUCGAGAUUCGAGCUGUCCUCGGUUGCAUCCAACCUUUCGUGUCCACGUACGUCUUCGUCCAGCAAUAUCGCGAGACCGUCUUGUUCGACGGACAGAACACCCAUGGAAGAUUUGUUGUACGGUUCAAGAGCGUGCGUUUCCUCCUGCGAAGCCUGUGAUUCCACGAGACAUUCUAAAGAAUGGUUGAAGCACAGACGGGUACAGGAAAAAUUACAUUCCUGCUGCACUCGUAACGUGGACGUGGAGCAGAAGUGUAAUUGCUUCCUGCACAAGGAAAAACAAAAGUUCGAAGAUAAUUGUAACUGUAAUAGCAAAGAGAGAUCGAGCACGAAGAAGCAUCGUAGUUUUUCGAGACAUUUCGAGUGCAACAGGCAUUUGCACGAGAGCGUCGCGAAUCCUGCCGCGGAGGACAGUGAGCCCGCGUGCAGAUGUCACACGACGUGUCACUCGCCGCAUGAUCCAGGAGAAGGUUGUCAGGACAGUCACAGGUGUAAGAGAGAGGAUUACACGUGCGAGCCACUAGCAAGUACAGAUCGGGAAGUCGCCGAAUCGUGCAGUCACCAUUCUUCAAACGUACACGAGGAGGAGCCGUUAAUAACGCAAAAACACUAUAGCGAGACACCAGAGGCGAGGCGACGAAGAUUAAGUGGCAGGAGAGUGCGAGGAAUCUUAAUGGACUUCCUGCGGGGAUGCGGAGAUUGCUAUAGUCCUAACGCAUCUAGUAAUAGCAAAGGCUGUGUACACAAGAAGAACUCCUGUUUAACGACCUGUGGCCCACAAAUCAAAAUUACGCCAUGCGCAUCUCCGGAACCAACAUGUUCGAAUCCAGGACAGUCCGUUGGCAGAUGCUGCCAUGCUUACGCGCAGCGCAUUGAAUCUCAGCUAGAGGAGUUUCGAGUGGAAAUGGAGAGAGUGCGGUCACGUUCAGACGCUAUCCUCAAUAUGCUCAAUAUGCUUCACUCGGUGGACAUGAACUAACGGAAUCCAUGUAAAUGUCAACUAUUCCUUCAUCACGUGUACAUAUAUAUUAUAUUUCUAUCGUCUUAGUUUUUUGUUUAGACUUCUUCGCUACUAUUAUAUUCUUAUGUUCUCCUACUUUAUAAUAAAUAACAGACUAUAUAUACACACACGUAUAUAGUCGAUUUGUUAAAUAAAAUAUAUAGGCGUAACGAAGAGAAAAAGUAUGUUCCGAUAUGACGACAGAUAUGCAUAUCCGACAACUAAUUCUUAUUAAAGUUUUUGUUGCAAAUUCUCGCGCUACGUACAUUUAUGGUAUCUUUUAUGAUUUUUCAGAUUGUCCACAAAUUAAAUAACCGUAGUAGUAAAUUAAGUAUCGCCAUGUAGUUAUACGUAAAUUUUAUAUUUUACGUACCAUUUAUGGUUUGUUGUAAGUGGAUGUAACGAUUACUUUUAUCGAUCAGUUUUGUCGGUUGUACCAUUUGCAGUGUAAAUGCAAAGUGCUGAUCAAGUAA